GGCGGCGGCUCCCGGCGCGGUGGACGCUGGAGGCCAAGAUGGCGGCGGAGCUGGUGGAGGCGAAAGUGAGUGAGCGGCGGCGGUGCCAGCGCCUCGGCGAGGCCGGGCCGGGCGGGAGCGGGCUGAGGGCUCUGCGGCGGCCCCUCCCGGCGCGGAGCCGCCGCCGGGCGGUGCGGUUCUGCGGGUGAGAGCUGGGGGGCGGCACCCCGGGACCGCCCCCCCCGCCCCCCCCGGCUCGUUCUCCCGCUUUACCUCAGGGCCGCCCCACCCCGGGGCUCGGCCUUUGCGGGCCCUCAGGCCUCACCGCGGCCCUCGCCGCUCCCGGAGCUGUUCUCAGCGGUUCAUCAGCGCCGGGGCUUUCCUCUCUCCUCUAUCUCCUGUCAGAGGGAGCGGCUGCGCGGCCCUCCCACCCCCCCCCAAGGGACAGGUGUUGCUUUGUGGGGGCGCUGGGAGGUGCUGGGGGGUCUCCCAGCAUUGGGGAGGGGAGCGGCCUACCUGUGUCCCCCCCCACCUGCGUCCCCCCGGUGUAUGGGGGGACCUCUGUGGAGCUCCUGAUCCCCCCUCUGCGCCUCCCCAGCAUUGAGCUGUGGGUAUGGCCCUCACUGAGGGGUUGUGUGGCACUCCGGGCUCUGUUUGCACCCGGGGGGCUCCAUUUGGUGGGGUCUCCCCCCCACAGUGGGGUCCCCGUGGGUGUGGGUUUGGCUUUGCACAGCUGUGUCUCACUGCAGCCCGGCAGCUUCCACAGAUGGAAGCGGUUCACACCUGUGGGGUCAGCUAAUGAGCAGGGAUGUGCCUGAGUGGCUGCAGGGAUAUGUUUCAAUGGACCCUCUGGUCCCCCUCUGCCAGCUGCUCAGCCCCUCUUGGUUGCUGUGGGCCCAGGACCCCUCUGGAGGAGGCGUGCUGCCUCCUUACCACAUGCUGGAGCACAGCUGAUGCUCAGGCUCAGGGAAGAGCUGCCCUCAGUGCUAAGGGAUCUCAGCACUUCGUACAGAUCCCAGCCUCAAUGACGCGUUGCUAAUUUUUUUAAUGAGACUUGUUCUGCAGCAAUACGGAUCCUGAAUCUAAGGGUGAAGACUGUUGGUUCCAACCCCAAAGGCUGUUGGUUCUGCACCAAAAGUGCCAAAACAUGGUGAUGAGUUUCCGAGUCUCAGAUCUUCAGAUGUUGCUGGGUUUUGUUGGCAGGAGUAAAAGCGGACUUAAACACGAACUAGUCACCAGAGCAUUGCAGCUGGUCCAAUUUGACUGCAGCCCUGAGGUUUUCAAGAAGAUCAAGGAGCUCUACGAGACCCGCUAUGCCAAGAAGAGCUCUGAGGCCGCUCAGCCACAGCCGCACCGCUCCCCCGAGGCGCUCCCCAUUCAUUCUUCAUACGACCGAGGGAGCGCCGUGGCUCGGACUUCUAUCUCCACCCCCAACAUUGACUAUCCCACGCUCUAUGGGAAGUACCUGAACGGACUGGGCAGGUUGCCCCCCAAAGCUGUGAAGCCUGAAGUCCGCCUGGUGAAGCUCCCCUUCUACACCACCCUGGAUGAGCUGCUGAAGCCCACGGAGCUCGUUCCACAGAACAAUGAGAAGCUUCAGGAAAGCCCGUGCAUUUUCGCAUUGACGCCGAGACAAGUGGAGCUGAUCCGAAACUCCAGGGAGUUGCAGCCCGGUGUGAAGUCGGUUCAGGUGGUGCUCAGGAUCUGUUACACAGACACCAGUUCUCCCCAGGAGGAUCAGUACCCCCCCAACAUCGCCGUGAAAGUGAACCACAGUUACUGCUCCGUGCCGGGCUACUACCCGUCAAACAAACCCGGGGUGGAACCCAAGAGGCCCUGCCGUCCCAUCAACCUCACGCAUCUCAUGUAUUUGUCUGCGGCCACCAAUCGCAUCACCGUCACCUGGGGGAACUACGGGAAGAGCUAUUCCGUGGGGCUGUAUUUAGUGCGGCAGAUGACCUCAGCGGAGCUGCUGCAGAGGUUGAAAACCAUUGGGAUCAAACAUCCAGAGCUGUGCAAAGCGCUGGUAAAAGAGAAGCUACGCUUGGACCCGGACAGUGAGAUCGCCACCACGGGCGUUCGCGUGUCUCUCAUCUGCCCGCUGGUGAAGAUGCGGCUGUCCGUGCCGUGCCGGGCCGAGACCUGUGCACACCUGCAGUGCUUCGACGCCGUCUUCUACCUUCAGAUGAAUGAGAAAAAGCCCACGUGGAUGUGUCCUGUGUGCGACAAGCCUGCGCCCUACGACCAGCUGAUAAUAGAUGGGCUGCUGUCGAAGAUCCUGACGGAGUGUGAGGAUGCAGAUGAGAUCGAGUACCUGGUGGAUGGCUCGUGGUGCCCCAUCCGAGCGGAGAAGGAGCGCAGCUGCAGCCCGCAGUGCCCCAUCCUGGUGCUGGGUUCUUCGGAUGUGAACGGGCUGCUGCCCACGCCCAACGGGAACGGCGAGAACGGGAAAGCUGCUGCUGAUGUGGUGGAUUUAACACUGGACAGCUCAUCAUCGGAGGAGGAGGAGGAGGAGGAUGAGGAGGAAGAUGACGACGAUGAGGGACCCCAACCAAAACGGCGCUGCUCUUACGAGAAGGGUUUGGUUUCUGCCUGCUGACUGCGGAAGCGGCUCUGAAUCUCAGAACGGACAGACUUGAAUACUCUGGUGCUGAAACUGAAGGGGGGAGGGGAGAGCGUCGUCUCCCACCUCAUCUCCCAUCCUCCCCCAUCUCUGACUUUCCUAUUCCGAAUUAACCAUUAAAACGAGAGAAAAACAAACAAACAAACAAGCAAACAAACAAAAACCCCACAACCACUGAGCUGCUGCUUGGUUGGAAAACCAGCCCGACUCCAGGCCCGACCCCGACCCGGACUCUGAAGCAAGGAAAGUGUCUUAACCCACGGCUGGGGCUGCAGCUCCCGCUCUGCCGCCCCCCAGCGCUGCCCCCCGCAUCUCCAAAGCUGUGUGCAUCGUCCCGUUAAUUAACCAUUCCUGAGUAUCUCGAGUUCUGCCGGACACGUGGGGAGGGAGAGGGGGUGGGGGGAGGGA